AUGCACGAGCUCGGAAAAGAUCCAGUCACUUGGAGUUUUGUGAAGCUCUUUGGUGCUCACGUGGGUCGCAAUUUGCUCGAGUUUGAAGGUCUUCCAGCAAGUCACGCAUGGCAGUGGAAAUCAGGUGGACUCGGGAGGUUGCGUCUAUUGACAAAGGCCCAAUGCAUUGGUGUUGUCGUUUCAAUUUUGUGGCGCACUGAUAGGGUGGAGAUACUAGUGGACGACGGCACUGCACUCAUUAAAGCGGUGUUGUGGGGGGAGAUUGCUCAUGGUAUAGUGGUGCUGGGGGACCUUGUACACGUGGAGGGAAAGCUCAAUAUGGACAAGAACUGGGAUGCUCUUGAACAGUCCCGCGAACUUCGAAUCCUUCGGAUCUCCAGAGUGGAAGAUUCGAACAAAGAGCUGUUGCACUGGAUUCAAGUCAUGGAGCUAGCUCAGACGUAUUACUCUGCUGCUAAUGGGUCUCAUGCGUUACAGGAUACAUCUAGCGAUGGUGUGAAAAGUAAGACGCACUGGGAGGAUAUUGCCGCUCAGGCUUUUUUCAGCCUGUGCAUCAGUCUCAGUAGUAAACAACAAUAUUUGAGUCGAACCACCCGCACUCGCCAUGAUGGGACGUUGCUGAAAACGCUCGAGUCGCUCCUUCUCCUGCAGAACACAAGUGGCACCGAAAAAGCGAUAAGUAUCACCUUUACCGACUGUAUUAGCUCCACUGGGUUUGGUGCGAUGGCUGAAGGACAUGGCACAGCGACCAACAAGAACCAAAGGAUUUGGGCACUGCAAUAUACUUUUCGUGAAUUGCGUCGCGCAGGGCUUUUGUACUUGGAAAAUGACGAAGCCGAUCGCCACGUUCUGUUAAGUUUUGAGGCAGCGUUGAAGCCAGCGCUUCUGCAACUUCUCCAAGAACACUCGCGAGGUCUUCCGAUUGCAGAAAUUGCAGACGCGAUACUAGCCCGAGAGCAAUUCAAAUGCAUUCCCCUGCAAUGGAUUGAGCGAAGUCUUGAACAUCUCCUUGCAUCUCAAGUAGUCGUUCAAAAAGAGGACUCGCAACUGUUUUUCAUUAACUAG